AUGGGCAUGGCCAUCACACACAUUCACGAGCCCACACCCAGACCCCUGUGCACAGUCACGGCUCCUCCCCACCCUCCACCCCUCCCACCUCCUCGCACACUCCCCCCUCAUCACCGCACCUACGAGCACCACAUUCCCACCCAUCCUCACCGCAUCAACCGGUAUUCCUCCCAUCCACGGGACAUGCUAGUAGCAGCACUGCUGGACCUAGGCGUGCCGAGAACAGUGGUGGAGGGGGCAGUGGAGGCGAUGGGGCUGUCUCAUGUCACAUGCCGGGUGGAGGCCACUCACCGAUCUGCUAUCACUGCUCCGCUCUUCUCGGUGGAUGACGGGGCGAACCAGCCAUACAGGGACUACGCGGCCAUCCGCCAUCUGCUGGCCAAUAGCAGCCUGCCACGUGGCGCCAGGGCCAUUGCCAGCCGGGCGUUUCGGCUGCUAGCGGAGGCGGAGGCGUGUGUGCAUGGCAUGGCCGUGGAUGACGUUCACUUCCAUGAGGUAGGAGCGGUGGACAGCAUAGUGGACAUGUUGGCGGCAGCAGCAGCCAUUGACUACCUCGCACCAUCGCACAUAGCAGCCUCGCCCCUACCCAUGGCACGGGGCAUCAUCGCUGGCGCUGCUCACGGCCCCCUGCCCUCCCCUGCUCCUGCUACUCUCGAGAUCCUGUGCCGGAGCGGCUCUCCUUGCCGCCAUCACCCACGCCUGGACCCCCUUUUCCCUUCCAUGUACUCUUUCCCUUCCUUCUAUCUUCUCCUCCUCCUUCCCUCUCACAACGGGGCCAAUUUCCCCACGUUUGCAGCAGGCCAAAAGGGCGAACUCGUCACCCCCACAUAA